AUGCAGUUUGAGUACCCAGGCAUGGAUCCCCUCUCAUUCUCAACUUCGGCACCAUUAACUCCUUCUCCUUUUCCUCGCCUCGAUCUCCCCUCUUCAAUAUGUGAUCCCUCGAUGCCGUUCCCGCGCCUCAUUGUCUUCGAUCUCGAUUACACACUCUGGCCCUUUUGGGUCGACACACAUGUCACAGGGUCGCUGAAGAUCAAUCCCACGCAUACCGGUGCAACGGACAACACAGGCGAGGAAUUUGCAUUUUACAGCGAAGUGCCCGAGAUCCUAGCUGUUUUGCCAUAUCUCAACCAUCCCAACAAGAUCAAGCUAGGCGUUGCGUCGCGCACCAGCGCUCCCGGCUUAGCUCGCGAACUGCUCAAGGGAAUCCACGUCCCCCCCACGUCCUCGUUUGCAGACAAUGACGGCAAUAAUAAGAAGGCGGCGGGGAAGAAGAAACCUGCAAUUGAUGUGUUUGACGGGGGGCUAGAGAUAUAUCCUGGGAGUAAAAUCAAGCACUUUACAGCGCUACAGAAGCGGACAGGGAUCCGAUUUGAGGAUAUGCUGUUUUUCGAUGACGAGUCGAGGAAUAUGGAGACGGAGCAGCUGGGCCUGACGAUGAAGCUGGUCCCGGAUGGGGUAACGUGGGAGGAGAUUGGAAAGGGGAUUGAAUUGUGGAGGAGCAGGAGGUAUAAAGAGGCGGGACAGGCGUAG